GGAUAAUCUGAGUAACAUCGCCGAGGAACCUUCUCUGGAAACCUGCAGUGCUACGGAGAUGAUCGAGCGAAAGGUCUCCGAAUCUAUGACAAAUCUCCAAGAUCAUAUUGAACAGAACCCAGAACACAGUGUAGAAGUUGAUGGCCCUCCUGUUGUGAACAGAUAUGACGUGUUAGUUAUACCCUCAGACAAAUAUCCUGCUGAACCAGAACAGGGACUUUUAGUUUUUGAUGAUGACGAUCCAGAAAUAAUGUUUGAUGUCGAGUCCAUUGGUGAUGAAGGUGAUAUUGAUAUCAUGGUAACCGAGCAAAGUUUCAUUACUGUUAACACUGUCCCCAAUUUCAUCGCUUUAUCAGAAGGAAACGAAGACGAUGAUAAAAUGUCUGUAAAGUCCAUGAGUAGUGAAAGUUCGAAAGCAUCAAGUAAAAAGCAGUUCAGCUACUCGAAACCAAUUUUAACACAUCAAAAUAAGCCUUUACUUUAUUCUGAAGUUUUGAAAUCGAAACCUUCGAAUAUUUUGCCCGAUGACAUUUCGAACAGAAAUCCCCUAGCGAGAUCAUCUUCCGGAGAGAAACUUAGAAAGUCCCUAUCCAAAGACGAUCUUUGUAAAUUCUCUCCUGAAGACAUCGCACAUGAUACACCAGAAUCCAUGAAAGAUGUCCAAAAUAAGCCCAUUAAAAAGUCACCAUCAAAUGGAAGUCUUUCUCGCAUUCCAGUGAGAAGAACAUCUCGAGGAAGCUCUGACAGCAAAGAGCGAUCACGCUCCUCGUCCAGGGACAGUUCAUUGGAGGGUCCAAGGAGAAGGUCUUCAUUAGACAGUAACGGUAAAAACUCAAGGAGAACUUCAAGAUCCUCGUCCGGUGAAAGUUUAAGCAAGAUUCCAAUAAGGCGAUCGUCUCUGGGAAAAAAACGGCGAAAUUCCAAUGAAAUAAUAAGAUCACCCUCCAGAGAUAGCUUGAAAAGUGACCAAAGUGGUAAACCUUACCACUCAAAACCACCACUCCCCAGAUCUCAUUCAAAAGAUGGCAUUGAAAAAAAAACAGACAAUCGUCGUAAGUCUAGCUCAGACUCAAAGGAUUGUCAUGAAAAGAAUAACAUCCCAGACAUUUCUCCCAAAAAAAGUGGGCAAAAAUCCGAAGCUUUUUCUACUAAAUCAACUCCGCCAAAAUCACCUUCGAGAGAAGUAUAUGAAGGUAUAGGGAUAAAAACCUUCUCAAGAUCAACCUCAAAAGAUAGCCUUAGUGGGAAAUCAGAUAUCUCAAUGAAAAGAAGAAGUUCUAGUCCAUCAAAGAUCCCCACCCGGAUGAGCCGGUCAGAGUCAAUAGAAAGCAUAGGGAGAUCAUCAGUUAGCAGUAAAGGUUCGUUCGCGUAUAAGCGAUCGAGAAGUCCCAAGCAGCCCAAUAGUCCCUCUAGAAUCCCAGUGGUCAAAUCCCCUUCAACUGAUCGUAAAGUACGAUACAACUCAAUCUCCUCUAAUAACAGCGAACCUUACAGUACUGGUCAAGUGUUUUCCUUAGUGUCAGCGUCUAAAGAUAGCAUGAUAUCCAGACACAGCACCAUUUCUAACUUAUCCCAACCUCAACCGCUAAAUGAGGAUCAAUUGCACUCUGCCUCAUUGGCAAGUUCUGAUUUUCCCAGUUCUUCUAAAUGUCCACCGGGAGAAAUUUCGGCACAGCCACCUUCUUCAGAUGAUUAUCUACCCCACCACAGAAAAGAUUCGUCCAGCUCAUCAUCAUCUGAUGACAAUCCUCCAAUUGUUUACUUUGACGUAGUUGGGGUCGACCACGCAAAACCCACUGAUGAAAUAACGGAUCAGGCCAAGCUGGAAAGACAGUCGAAUAGGAGUAGAAAUUCUGACAGAAGCAUCAAGUCAUCACAAUCAGGGAACAGCAAACAAUCAGUCUCUUCAAAUCACAGUAAGCCUACAACAAAAACCAGUCUGAUAGAUGAGAAUGAUACAGUGUCCGAAUGCUCAGGAUCCUUCAUCAGUGAUAACAGUUUCUUAAGAAAACACCACUCCGCCCAAAUAACGUACAGUGACUCCGAGGACUCUAAUAACCCUGUCUCCACAAAAAAGAUCAUGUUAGACAGGAUACUGAGUGGGAACUAUGGUAACAAGGGUGAGAAUCUUGGUUUUAUGGAUAGUAUGUCUGAUCGCGAGGGUUCGUUUGCAGGGGUUUCUUCAGAUGGAUUAGAGAAACUAGGGAAGCGAAGGUGCUGUUAGCGAGGGCUCGGUUAUGUGGAGGGAAGGAAAAGUGGAACCAUUAGGUCUUACCAGUGUAGAACCACUUAGCUGUAAGCACAUAGUUAUUGGGGAUGCCCCUGACGCGGAAGAAGCCAAUCUGAAUACCCUCCACUUUCCUACCAUGUCUGACUAUGUUAGGUGGACUGAAAAUCAGAGUAUCUCAGGUCAGAGUUAUGAUGUGGAUUCUGUUGGAUCCAUGAGGAACUACGAUGAAAUUGAAUUUUCUGACGGGGAAAAUUCAACCCUAGAACAGGAGCUAUUGUACAAAUAUGCCAACUACAAGAAUCAAAUAAGUUUAGGUGAACCUACAGAGGGUAGGAAACUGGAGGAUAUUCUAAGCAUGGAUGAGAUGAGUCUGACUUCAUCCAAACUGGGAUCCGAUCACGGCAGUAACAUCAUGUCAGUCUACUCUAUAGAGGAGCUGGCCUCUUCUUCUACCAGUACAAUAGUUGACGAGGAGGAGACCCGACACGUGGUACUGUACCAAGAUGCUCCUGAUGGUAACUAUGGUAACCAAGAUGCUCCUGAUGGAGUGUACCAAGAUGCUCCUGAUGGGAUGUACCCUCCCCGCUACUUCGACCCAGAGGAGAGGUCCGCCUCGGUUGCUUCUCGUGAUCUGCCCGAGGAAAGGACUGAUCCAGUGCAACGUUCUCGUUCCCAGACCAGUAUCUCUAGUUCUCUUUAUUCAGCGGUAAGUAAGGAUCUGGGACACUAUGCAGACGCGUUUAAUGAUGCGAUGGAGCCUCAUCAACAGCCAGCUGGUAUAGAGGUGGACACGUUCAACAGAAAGUAUAGCAAAAGAGUCAGUGCUUUACAAAAAGCAAACAGACAGCAAUCUGCGACCCUGCCUCGGAACAGGAAGUCUACACCAAGCUCAGAAGAUAAAGUCAGAAAAACCUACACCCUCCCAAGAAAGCAACCUAAGGAGCCAGGGGCUCUGACCAACUUCCUCAAUCAGACUUACUCCGGACGGGUUCCUCCCUCUAAAAACAGCGAGAGUCGCCUGCUCAGCAGAUCACUCACUUUUGGGUCAGCCAGUGAUUAUAAAAAGUUUGAAGGGGACGAGUGGGCCAGGUCCCUACCAAGACAUCUCGGGAGAAAGGCUUACAUGAGACAUCCCUCUCUUCGGCAGGUUGAUUGGAGUGUAAUGGGCCGUAAAGGAACUGAACCAGGUUUUCUAAUGAAUCCUACUGGAAUAGCAGUUGAUGAGGGCUGUGUAGCUAUUGCGGAGGAAGGUAACGGGAGAAUCCAAAUCUUUAUAGAAGACGAAAGCGAGUAUUGUAUCAACAAUCUGGUUAACCCCUGCGGUAUCGCCCUCUCACCUAAACACAUUUAUGUUUCUGAUAUAGACACAAAUACGAUCAGGAUCUUCGGCAGAAAUGCUCUUGAAAGAGCUGUUCUUGGUGAACCAGGAAAUCAAAAGGGUCAGUUUAACGAGCCUCGCGGUAUAGCAGUGAACAACAGUAACGGUGAUUUAGCCGUGUGUGACACUGAGAACCACCGUGUACAGAUAUUUGACGUUCAGGGCAACUUUAUCAAAACCAUCGGCAAGAAGGGGAAAACCAAGGGUGAUUUCAGAGAACCGAUUAGUUGCACGUACGACCGAUGGGGCCGUCUUCUGGUAUCCGAUCACUGCAACUACCGAGUCCAGAUAUUCGACAACAACUACCAAUACCUGGCUGACUUUGGCAAAUACGGCAAGAGUUCGGGGGAGUUCUGGGGGGUCAACGGAUUGUGUAGUCAUCUGAACGGGGACAUUCUGGUGGUGGAUAGUGAUAACAACUGCUUGAGUGUCCACAGCUCUGAUGGUAGAUUUAUCAGUGUUUUCGGCAGGAGAGGAGCAGAGAGGUGGGAGUUCCUUUACCCUCAUUCAGUCGGGACUGAUGAGGUUGGCAAUGUUUACGUGAGCGACUGGGGCAACCACAGGAUCCAUAUCAUGGACAAGAAACUUCUUCCUUACCUGGAGCUUGAAUCUCAUAUGUUGUAACCUAUUAGAUCAUACGACAAGCCAAAAAGCAGCAUGCACCGUGAGAAGGUGUGAUUGAAUUGUGACGACGUGAUAUUGACAUGAUAUUGAAACCACUGUCGCUGCCUGCAGCAAUGAUCAUGAUUUAAUUUGAUGACAAGUUCAGAAAUGAGAAAUCGAUGUAUUAUGUAUUAUAUAUUUGUAGUUUGUACUCCACAACGUUUUGUGCAUUAUGACAGAUUUUAAUCGGAUUUAUGAUUUUUAAUUUCACAUUUAUUUAAAGACGAGUCCACGGUAUACUUUUUUAUAAAUGUGUAUCACUAUCAGUAUGGUGAUUAAUGAAUAAGUUGAUUAAAUCUUGGCAUGAUUAUAAUGCUUUGAAAAACAGAUUUUUUUAACCGGUUUUAGAAAAUUCUGACCUAAAAGAUUGCAAUUACUUGUACCCGCUGUGAUUCGUAAAGAUAUUAAAUUGCCAUUAUAUUAUGCAUAUUCAUGGUUUACGAAACUUUUCCGAAGUUAUCGAAUCAGCUAUGUUCAAUGUUCAAUGCAUUGUUUAUAGUUAUCAGUUAUACAGACAUAUCACUAUAUUGAAAAAUCCUUUCCACUUUCACUGUUCACUGAUUCAAUUAUUUCUGCAGCGGGCAGUAUGUCGAUGUGUGUACAAUUAUAAUUAUAUUGAUGAUUACUUAAUUUUAAUUUAGUUUAUUGAUCAAAUGUUGAACUUGAAUGUUUAUUAACAGUUAACGCAGUAAAUUUUAUUGAUUUCCUUUCCAAUUUUUGAA